AUGACGCCCGAAGAAUCUCGGAAGUCUUCUAUCGAAGGCAUCACCCAACAAGAAACUCUACUGCGUUCUGCCUGUACAGAGUGCCAUCGUCGAAAGCAGAAAUGCAAUCGCCAAUGGCCAUGCAACAAUUGUCAGAAACGCAAGGUCGCUGAUCAGUGUCGUUUCAGGGAUGAUGCCAAGGCCACGUCAGGUGAGGAUGCUUGGUCUGCUUCCCUCGAAGUCAAGAGGAAGCGCGACAUGCACGGCGAUGAGGGAGCCAGUGACGAUGAUGAUGUUGGAGACGUUUUAGAAGCGAUUGGCUACAGUCGUCUCCAUAUGUUGACAAACCUUGAUCAAGAAGCAGGCAGUACCAAGCCUUCUUAUCAAUAUUAUCUCAAUCCAAAGGACAGCGCUCAACUCAAGCGUGCACUGGAUGUGUUGCCGCCAAGACACAUUGUUGACACCCUAGUUCAAAGCUUUCUAGAUGUCGUCAACUUUUACUACUACAUUGUCUAUCCACCUCACUUCAGCAAGGAGUACGCUCGCUGGUGGGAUGAUUACACCAAGGGUCGACCAUGUGGUGUCCAAUGGACAUGUCUUCUGCUCAUGGUCUGCGCAUGCUCAGUCCAGCAUGUCGACAGCCAGACAGGUAGUAGAAUCGAGAGCGAGCUUGACACAUCUGUCAAGGAUUUAACUCAGAAAUAUCACGAUGCUGCUAGAGAGCUUCACAGCGCUAUCCCUGUCGGAUAUGGUCAUGUCUACACAGUCCAGUACCUGCUGCAUUCUUGUUACUGGUUCAAGGCCGAGGCACGAUUCGCCGAGUGUUGGCAGGUUCUUGGAGCUGUAGUCCGAGAGGCACAGAUGAUUAACCUUCACAAGAAGCCCGUAAACCAGUUACCAGGUUUUGAGCUGGAAAUGAAGAGACGACUGUGGUGUAUUGUCGAUUCAUGGGACUGGCUGGUUUCUUCACUUUUGGCACGACCAAUGCUCAUCGACAGGACAGAAUGUGAUGUUGGCCUACCUUGUCUUACAAUCGAAGACUAUCCAGCUUCGCCCAUGUUGCAUCUCAAGCUACAGUCUGAACUUGUCAGCUUGAUCUAUAAGCGCUUCGGUGGACCUAAGCUCCUUACUGACCCUGCCGAUAUCAGAGACUACCAAACCAUUAUGGAGGAUUUCAUGAAGACAUUCCCACCUGAGUAUGCGCUUGACCAUCCCAACACGCCUACGAAUGAGGAUCUGCCGUGGAUCGCUCUUCAUCGUCAUUACAUGCACACUUGCACUCUGUCUAUUGCCUUGGGACCUUUUAGAGCAUUCAUGGCCAAGACUAUGAGGAAAUCAUCGUCGUCUGCUGUUGAUCUCGAGUUUCGACUAACAGGUAUCGACUACGCUCUUCGCCUGAUGGAAGCUGUCCAUCGUUUCUUCGAAUACGUGUGGACUAGAGACACCACCUUCCACUUCGUACCUUUCUGCAUCUUUGACACGGCUGCUCUUCUGUGUUCGGUUAUUAUUCAUGCUGAAGACGGCCGUGUCCCACGUCGCGAAGAAGUCGCCGGUUCUAUCGCCAGAGCUUUCACUACUCUGAAGAAACUGCGAACUGCCACCAACACAGCCAAGGCUCCCUACGAUGUUUUACGACGACUGAUUAAGAAACUGCCGUCGUCAUCUGGGAUGCAGACUGACGAUGCUCACAAGAAGCGACGAUUCGAUACGCCACCCGGCGGUCAAGGUUCUAUGCCUGUCGCAGCACCUAUGGCACAGCCAAUUGUAGACACAAGCCCUAUUGCGCCUAUACCAAUGCCAGUUCCACCCGCUCAAGUACCUUCUGUACAAAUACAGUACGAGGUAUACGACAACCCUGCCCCAGUAGCCCCUAUCAGGAUUCAGACGGGAGGACAGUCAUAUAUGCCAUAUCCUCAAACCAGCACAGAUCCGAGGUAUCAGCAUUACACGUACACGGCCCCGCCACAUAUGCAACAACUUCCUGCAACGGCCACGCCAUCUUGGCCUGCGGAGAUCAACAAUAGAUCUCAUAUGCAGAAUAUCGCUGCUGGGCCUCCUCAAAUUGACAUGGGCUUCCAACAGAUUUCUGAUGCUGAACUGGGAGAUCUUGCCAUGUUAUGGAAUUGGGAGAGUCUGGAUCUUGGUUACACCUCCAAUCCUAUUUACCAGUAA